UUAUGAAUCGUUCUAAACAACGGUGGUUGUGAGAUAGCGGCUCGUCUCCAGCCAGCCGGACGCCGGGCUUUGAUCUACACCCACGGUUAACUGCAUUGUCCACGCGGGCCCGUGCUCAGUGGCCACCUGCCAUUGGUCGUUCGGCGUUCACUGGACACCAGGUGUCUCGAUCACUGUGGCCAUUGCUUUGCCACCAUGCACUCGCGGCUGACCGCAAUGCCGCAGUCAGUAGUCGCUGGCGCGUCGUCGUCGGUGGUUUUGUGUUUGGGUUCGGGUCCGGAACAAUAUAGGUUAUCGAUUUGGCAUUCGCCCGCGCUCACUCUUAAUAGUCUAAUGCCCGCCGCCGCCUGUUAACGUUCGUAGUUAUUAUCAACAUCAUUUCUAUCGUAUUUUUUUUUAUAAUUUUUUUCGUGGAUCGUGAUCUCGUAUAACAGGUAGGUACUACCUACUUACUACCUACUACCUACUUAUAAUAUUGUCUUACGGUUACGUAUAAAUUAUUAUAAUUAUUAUUUAUUCACCAUCGUGCCAGUACCUAUUUUUUUGUACAACUGUUUACCUUGAGUACGGGUGAGUACGUAAAUACCGUUAUUUUUUCAUCAAGUUUGAAGUUUUUCCACUACCUACACACGAAUUGUACUUGCCUACCCGCCCAUUGUUGAUUUUCGCAAAACUGUCUCGUAAUUAUGUGGUCGAAAAUAUUUAAAGCCAGCAAUCAUGGACUUGUCCGCGGCGUGGCCAUAUAUUCGGUCACUUGGCCGGUGAGCAGCUUAAUACAGCAGGCUCUAGAGCCGUCCGGCAACAAAAAUAUUGAUUUACAGCGAGCGGCAAAGUUUAGCAUGUAUGGUGGACUCUAUGUGGCACCCACUUUGUAUGCGUGGAUGAGAUUUGCCAGUUAUGUUUGGCCUUCGAUGACAAUUACUAGUCAUAUAACUAAGGCAGUCGUUGAACAAUUUUCAUAUGGUCCAUUUGCAAUGGCUAGUUUUUUUUUCUUCAUGACACUUUUGGAUGGAGGUACAAUAGAAGAUGCAAAAAUGGAAGUUAGAGAAAAAUUUGUUUCUACCUGGAAGAUAGCUGUAAUGGUUUGGCCGGUAUUACAGACAAUAAAUUAUUGUGUUAUUCCUACACAAAAUCGCUUGAUAUUUGUAAGUUUCGCUGGAUUGAUAUGGACUACAUUUUUAGCCUAUAAAAAGUAUGAAAAGAAUAAAUCUAUACAAUCAGCUGAUAAAACAACUGAUUGAUAGUUAACGUUUUACAUUUAUUUGACUGUUAUAUAAUUAGUUUUUUGACAUUCUUUGUUAUUAUUGAUUGUUAUUGUUAUUAGCUCUUUAAACUAUUGUUGCCAAAUAUUGUAUCUACUUAAAUAUAAUUUAUGUCUGAACUUUGAUCAGUGGUGCAUUUACAGGGUAGAGGGGAUAUCAUCCACCCCUAAAAAUCAAAAAUACCUUAUAUUUAAAUAUUUUUAAAUGUUUGAUAAUAAUUUCAGUCAACAUAAUCCAUUUUAUAAUAAGUAAUUUCUUCACCUCAAAUCUACCUGCCAAAAAAAUUGUAAAUACACCAUUUGAAUAACAUAGUGUUACAACUUGUGAAAUUUGUAUUUUGAAAAGUUGCAAUACAUUUAAAAUGUUGGUAAA